GGGAAGUGCUGGAGGAAGGUUCACAAGGACAGGGAAGCGUUGGAAAAGUUCACAAGGACAGGGAAGUGCUGGAGGAAGGUUCACAAGGACAGGGAAGCGUUGGAAAAGUUCACAAGGACAGGGAAGUGCUGGAGCAAGUUUCAGAAGGACAGGGAAGAUAGAGGAAGUUUCACAGGGACAGGGAAGAUGGAGGAAGUUUCACAAGGACAGGGAAGAUGGAAGAUGGUUCACAAGGACAGGGUAGUGAUGGAGGAAGUUUCACAAUGACAGGAAAGGUAGACGAAGGUUCACAAGGACAGGGAUGUGAUGGAAAACUUCACAAGGACAGGGAAGUGAUGGAAAAGUUCACAAGAACAGGGAAGUGCUGGAGGAAGGUUCACAAUGACAGGAAGUGAUGGAGUAAGGUUCACAAGUACAGGGAAGUGAUGGAGGAAGGUUCACAAGGACAGGGAAGUGCUGGAGGAAGGUUCACAAGGACAAAGAAGUGAUGGAAAAGUUCCCAAGGACAGGGAAGAUGGAGGAAGGUUCACAAGGACAGGAAAGUGAUGGAAAAGUUCACAAGGACAGGGAAGUGAAGGUGGAUGGGUCACAAGGACAGGGAAGUGCUGGAGGAUGUUUCACAAGGACAGGGAUGUGAUGGCGGAAGGUUCACAAGGACAGGGAAGUGAUGGAAAAGUUAACAAGGACAGGUAAGUGCUGCAGGGAGGUUCACAAGGACAGGGAAGUGCUGGAGGAAGGUUCACAAGGACAGGGAAUUGAUGGAAAAGUUCACAAGGACAGGGAAGAUGGAGGAAGGUUGACAAGGACAAGGAAGUGCUGGAGGAAGGUUCACAAGGACAUGGAAGUGAUAGAAAAGUUCACAAGGACAGGGAAGUGCUGCAGGGAGGUUCACAAGGACAGUGAAUUGCUGGAGGAAGGUUCACAAGGACAGGGAAGUGCUGGAGGAAGGUUCACAAGCACAGGGAGGUGCUGGAGGAAGGUUACCAAGGACAGGGAAGUGAUGGUGGAUGGUUCACAAGGACAGGGAAGUGCUGGUGGAAGUUUCAGAAGGACAGGGAAGAUAGAGGAAGGUUCACAAGGACAGGGAAGAUGGAGGAAGUUUCACAAGGACAGGGAAGAUGGAGGAAGGUUCACAUGGACAGGGAAGUGCUGGAGGAAGGUUCACAAGGACAGGGAAGCUUUGGAAAAGUUCACAAGGACAGGGAAGUGCUGGAGCAAGUUUCAGAAGGACAGGGAAGAUAGAGGAAGGUUCACAGUGACAGGGAAGAUGGAGGAAGUUUCACAAGGACAGGGAAGAUGGAAGAAGGUUCACAAGGACAGGGACGUGAUGGAAAAGUUCAUAAGGAUGGAUGUGAUGGAAAAGUUCACAAGGACAGGGAAGUGCUGGAGGGAGGUUCACAAGGACAGGGAAGUGAUGGAAAAGUUCACAAGGACAGGGAAGAUGGAGGAAGGUUGACAAGGACAAGGAAGUGCUGGAGGAAGGUUCACAAGGACAGGGAAGUAAUAGAAAAGUUCACAAGGACAGGGAAGUGCUGCAGGGAGGUUCACAAGGACAGGGAAGUGCUGGAGGAAGGUUCACAAGGACAGGGAAGUGCUGGAAGAAGGUUCACAAGCAUAGGGAAGUGCUGGAGGAAGGUUACCAAGGACAGGGAAGUGAUGGUGGAUGGUUCACAAGGACAGGGAAGUGCUGGUGGAAGUUUCAGAAGGACAGGGAAGAUAGAGGAAGGUUCACAAGGACAGGGAAGAUGGAGGAAGUUUCACAAGGACAGGGAAGAUGGAGGAAGGUUCACAAGGACAGGGAAGCGUUGGAAAAGUUCA